AUGACAAUUGCGGAGCUGGCCCCCACGGCAGGCGAUCUUCAGCGAACAAUCGGCACGACAGAAACAUGUACCACCUCGACCGUCGAAAACCUGAAGAAACUUUUGUUCCCAUUAAUGACAACCGAGCCGCAAGCUUACAAUGGAACUUCUCGAACUCAUAAACGGCCUGCGACCGCCGCGCCCCGAAAGGGUGCUCCAUCAACUAAACCCCAAAGACUUGCUGGAUGUUCUGGAGAGAACAAAACUAAGAUUGAAGGGAAAGGGUCAAAAGACAAAGUACAGCUAGCGAUUGCGACAAACGUCAUCAACAGUACCUUGAAAGCACUCACGAGUGCCGCGAAAAUACGAUCUAGCCAGGUGACGGUAAAGAAGCAUACGUCUAGACGCUCAAGCAAUCUAUGUCUUACACGAAGCACGACACCAGUCCGUCAAACGCCGCUGCAACCUAUAAGUGGCAAUAGAUCUACACCUUUGAACAAGAGGCUCUCUGACAAGCACCGCCCAAGCUCUACCCGGGGAGAGAAUGGAGGCCUUCGGGCUCAGGCGAUGUGUGCUCACCUUGCUUUCAAAAGCCUCGCUACAAGCCAAGAAACGGACGAAAAGUCCAUGGCGCUACCAUUUCUUCAGCUUGAAAAGGGUAUGUCGGCUCUUAUCCACAAAUGCAUCGCCCUCGAAUUCUACGACUUGGCAGCGCAGGAACUGCGAGAACUCAGAAAGCGAUUUGUAAGCCUCAAUGAGAUUGAGAGUGGAGCCAAACUAGUCAACAUGGCUUCGUCACGCCGCGCUCGAGACCGCGAAGACACAAUCCCUUCAAGCAGCUUAAAUGUGGCCCUCGUAAAUUACGGUCCUAUUCCAGGCCAGAGCGCCUUGCUGCCAAUGAUUAUUACAUCACAAUUCCAGAUGUUGAGAUUACUGUCCGCGACUGGAACUGACGAUCCAGGAUCACUUUUAGACCUGCUAAGUCUGAAAAAUGACGCUUCUCCCGUAAAUCUCAUUCUACGGCAAGUCCAGCGAGAAAAGCCGGAGACAGGACAGAAGGCUUGCACUGAACUUGAGGUAAUGGCACAGCUUAUGAGUAAGCUUGCCGAGAAGCUUACAUCGGAUGGGAAUGCGCAACACAGUCUGUCUCUAAAGGUUCUAGUAUUGACUAUCAGGACAACAUGGUGGAAGAUGUCACAACACCGUGUCAAUACUGCUAAGGAAGUAUGGUCGCCGUUGGAGGUGAUGAUCAGAACAUUUCACGGGAUGUCAUUGGACUCCAAGCCGUCUCGGUACCGCACAGUAAUCCAAGUCUUUGAACAAGUCCAGGCAUUGUGUUCUGGUCGCAAAGACGGCGGAGAAUUACCUCCUGCAUCCAUCUAUCAGGCGCUGGCAGAGUAUGCAAGGAUGGGUGAUCAACUAAGAGAGUCGGCACAGUGGCUCCGAAAAGCUCGCACCUCCUACUCUGAGCAAGUUAUGUCACCCAUUCAAAAGUGCAUAUUAGCCUGUCAAUACGCCACGCUCAAUCUGCGGGACUGUAUCGACAGUAAAUCCUUGAUGGUCGACCAAACAUUAUUGAAUGAUGCCGCAAAGCUGCUCUCCAAUGAUUUAUCCGGUGACCCUGACGCUCUCGGUGAGCUUCUAGUCAUAACCUCAACCCUCCGCAGAACUGCGUGUUUUCUGUGUGUGAACAGUUUGCGGCAGUCCAAUUUGGAAAAAGACGCAAUGGCCCCUUCAGACUUGCAAUCGUGCGUGAGGAUUCAAGUGCUUUGCAUCAAGUACUUUGUUCGCUACUUAGGCAGUGAAAAGGGUCUGGACAGCUCUCAUGCGUCCUCAGACCAAGAGCGACAGCGUAUGAAACUACUGGAUCCGAUCGUAAAACCUACUAUAGAAGGUACAAGCACAUUUGCCAAAGCGCAUGCAAAAUGUAGCGCGCACGACUGGCAACUCAUUGAUAGCGGUUUGCAUAAUUGUUUUCAGUUGGUGCAACUACUUAGACGACUAAGAGCCAGUGAAAGUUGCCGGGACGAUGCUAUCAGUUCCCUUGAAUCAGGAAUGGCAUCAUUGUCUCAGCCAUAUUGGUGCCGGUAUCUUCAUUUACGGAAACUUGACAGUUGUGAAGAUGAUAUGCUGGGGUCGUUGAAGACAUCCAUUGACGUGUUGCAACAGUCUUCAACGAGAGAACAGUUAGAAAAUAUGCUAUUUACAAGGCUAGAACACUACACUCGCCUGGUUGAGAGCUCGGGUGAUUUCAAGCAGGUUCUUCAAGUAUGCAGGGAGAAUCUACGAUUAUAUCGCCAACACGGCAUAUUUACAAAAGCGACAGAGUCUUUGAAAUACCUUCCUGUAACCAAUGCCUUUGAUUCGAGUGAGGAGAUUGGGUUACUUGCUCGCACCCUAAAGACGUACUUAAGGGCCUCUGUCAGAGUGAAUGGCACAGCAGAUACAACGUUCAUAUUCUAUGACGCUCCAGGUACCUCAACAGAUGAGAGAAUGGCUUUACUUGCCUACCAGUUCUCUGUUCUCUCAUCAAAGCUUCAUACUCGCAGUGGGUCAAGGAUUUAUAUUGACGGCGUUCGAUGUAUCUCCCGAAUACUCCUAGACUUGACGUCCGAGACCGAGUCCCCUGUUAUACGUCGCUGGCUUGUGGUCCAACUUAUGUAUCUUCGGUUAACUCAGCCUUCGGCCGUUGACGAAUCCGUACUUCUCCCAAUCGUCAAUGCACAAAGUGCUCCACAAAUACGUUCGGCUCUCCACUCAAGCAUGAAAUACUCUUUGAGCCAUAUGACGGAUUCGUUGCGUCUACUAACAGCUAUGGAGAAGAAAGAUGCCGACACUGAAGUGAUUGAGGAUGUAUUGAAGACAUGGUCAACAAUGUUGAGGACCUCUGCAGAUAUGAGCGACAUAGGACAGAGGACGUACGAUAUCCCACAUUGGCAGCUUCAACUUGAGCUGGCAAUUGAUUAUCUGGAAUUUCAUGGACUACUCUCGCUUAGCUGUCGUGCACUUGAAACAUAUACAGCGCUUCUUGAAAAGCUUGGUGUGGAGAAGUCUCUGACAGUAGCGAAGUUGGCUCAGCUUAGCCUUCAAUAUAUCAGACUGGGAUAUAUCAGCUCUGCAGAUGCUACCCUUGAAAGAACAUAUCUGUACCUUCAAAAUGAUGGAGAUAUGGCUAGCUGUGCCCUCGAGUGGCAUCUAGCUGCGGCUCAAAGAGAUCUCGAAAGUCAGAAUUUCCAGGAGUGUUAUCAGCACCUCGAUUCUAUCCGGUUGGCGGUUCCAGAGCUUAGUGAAGAAAAUCCUGCUGUCCAGACUGCUAGUGAUCGUACUUAUUUGUGGAGAGUGAUCGCUGACGCUGAAAUGCUACACUCAAAAAUGGCAGUCUCUCAAGGUCAGAGUUACGAGGCACUACUGUACGCACGGCUAGCUGUUAAAGGCUAUGAUAGGAUUUGGAUGUCAUUGAAGCGUCGGCAACCCAGCUACGACGAAGGUUCCAGUAAUUUUGGGACUGAUUGCAGUCUCCCAGACUUGACAGAUGCAUUCGCAGGAAUGAGCACAACAGACAAGAGCGUCUUGGCCCCUUCUUCAUCGAAAUAUUCCCUUCUACAUAACGCCGAGUUCUGGACUCUUGUUCCUCGAUUGUUAAAUGGGCUGCUAUUGCUAGCGUCUCGAUUUGCUCAUGCAUGCCUUUUCUCGGAGACUGAACACUACCUAGGAGAAGCAGAGAAGAUCAUCGAAGCUAGUGCUAUAUCUCGGCUGAAGUGCCAAUAUGAUGCAGUGCAUGCCCAGCACGCUUGCUUCAGUGGAGAUCUAGCAAAGGCCCGGCAAAUUGUGGUGCAGGUCGAAGGAAACCUAGAUCGAGCGCCUGAUGACAGAAUCAAUGCAUCGAUACAAUUACAAAUAGGAGCCUUGCAUCCAUUGCUUGGUCUCACAGAACAGUCUAUGUGUUCUCUGAAUAGGCUGGAGCGAUUAAUGCAGAAUCUGCAGAAUCGAGCAAUGCCAGAAAAAGCUUUGGGUCAGCAAAGCAGUAUAGAAGAAGCCCGGGAAAGCUUGACCACCUUGUCGCUCGAGGAAAGUCGUGGAAAACGCAAAAAUCAAAGCAGAGCACCGGCUGGUCUUCAAAACAGGCCUGCAAGAUCGAAAACGAAGUCAAAAACCCAUCUUUCAUCCUUGAAUGUGCGUUCCGAAGUGGGCGUGAACUGCUUGUCUAUGGUGGAAGCAGACGUACUCAGACAGAAAGCCAUCGUGGCUUUGGCUCUAGGGGAGCUGGAUCAAGCCCUGCAAUUUCUUGCGGCGGCUCAAAACAAAACUUGCUCUCCAACGAGUUCCAUUAAGCAGGCAGUCGUAAAAGCAGAGAUCCAAAUGCAGCAAGGUUUGCACGAUCUCACAACCCAUCCUGUCUUCAGUAUCCUUGCUGAAUCGGCAAUCUCUUAUCCCUCCAUCCUCGGACCUAAUCCAACGGAAAAAGCAUCAAACUCCGUACGUCAGAUGAACAAGACAGCUCGUCAGCGACCGAAAGCUAGUAGAGCUCCGACUCGGGAGACCAGAGCCGAAAAGCUGACUUUGACGGACGAAGACGCUGGGUUCCUGAAGAUGUCCCAAAUUACUCUUAACGACGCUUUGAAAGGCGGUCUAAAGCACUUGUCAGUGAAGGAAAUGUACCAUAUGCUUGAUGUUCUGCGUAGAACAAUGAUCAUUCAAGUAGCAAUACCUACCUCAUGUUCAAUGUCGUACAUUCCUUCGACGUAUCUCGCUUUUACCGCAGAACUUGGUCGGAUGACCGCCGUGUCGCAGAAGAAUUUGGCUGUUCGGAUGGAGCAACAAAUCCUUCACAAAGACAUUCCACCAAAUGAUUCUAGCAAGAAAGUGGAUGAAAGAAGUCUCGCAUUGGCGACAGAGAAUCUCGAUUUGUCAGGGCUCCAAAAAGAGUACAUUGACAUUAUUCCCCCAUCUUGGAAUGUGAUCUCGAUUACGCUUAAUGACUCCAAAGAAGAGAUAUUUGUAACGAAAUAUAGAGCUCACGAAGCUCCAUUCGUUUUACAAAUACCUUUAAAUCGCCAAAAUGCUCCUGACAGCGAUGACUUAUGCUUCGGCUUCAACGAAGCGAGACAUGAGUUGUUCGAGAUCAUAGAGCUCGCGAAUAGCUCUAGUCAGGAUGCCCGCUCAGUGACAGAAAAACAGGCAAAACUGGACUGGUGGAGCGCCCGAGAUUCUCUCGACUCCAGAUUGAAAGAUUUGGUCACCAAUGUUGAGGAUAUCUGGCUUGGCGGCUUCCGUGGUGUCUUCUCUCAGCAUGAAGUUGAUCCAGGCUGUCUGGCGCGCUUUCAAAUGUCUCUACAUGGUAUUCUACAAAAACACUUGCCUUCGAGGAGUAAACCUUCUAUGAACAAAGAUGCGGCAUGGGUUGCCUUGAGUCCUCAUGUCCUUCAUCUGCUUGUCGCCCUGGGCUACCCUAGUGAUGAACACGAUGUUGACGACCAAAUCCUAGACCUACUUUACUUUGUCGUCGACAUAUUGCAAUUCAAUGGUGAACGCAAUGCAUACGACGAGAUCGAUUUUGACUCUAUCGUGGUCGAAACUUUGGAUGCUUUGCGCCAUUACCAUCGAGCAAUAUCGUGUGAAGUCAACGAGGAGCAACAAAGACACACCAUUCUGAUUCUCGAUAAGCAUCUUCACUGCUUCCCAUGGGAAUCUUUGCCAUGCUUGAGGGGCCAGUCCGUCUCCCGACUCCCCUCGCUUUCCUGUCUGAGGAGAAGGAUAUUAUUACAACAGGAGCAACAGGCUGAAAAGACCAUAGCCGGCAUUAUUGCUCGUCGCCAAAACGGUGCUUUCAUUCUCAAUCCAUCAGGCGACUUAAAGAAUACCCAGGAGAACUUUGGGCAGACUUUGGAAAGCCUCUCCGGCUGGGAAGGCACGACCCAAGAAGCACCCAAGGAAGAGACGUUCAAAUCCUACCUAAAAAACAGCGACAUAUUCCUCUACUUUGGCCACGGGUCCGGAGGCCAAUACAUCCGUUCCCGAACCAUCAACAAGCUAGAUAAAUGUGCUGUCACCCUGCUCAUGGGCUGCAGUAGCGGACAUCUACAAGAAGCUGGUUCGUAUGAGCCGUACGGGAAGCCGAUCGAUUACAUGCAAGCUGGCUGCCCUGCCCUGGUGGCUAAUUUGUGGGAUGUGACGGACAAGGAUAUAGAUCGGUUUGCACAAAGUGUACUGGAGAAAUGGGGACUGUUUGGGAAGAAGGCUUUACCUCAGUCUGGUAGAGGUGGCAGGGGAAAGGGCAAAGGCAAAGUGGUGAAGGAGGCAAAGCUGACCGAGGAGAAUACCGGUUCCAUGUCUCUCGACAAGGCUGUCGCGCAAUCGAGAGACGCUUGUUUUUUGAAGUACUUGAAUGGAGCGGCGCCCGUGAUUUAUGGCGUGCCGGUGUUCUUGGAGUGA